UCCUCUAAGCCAGAGAACCAGCCUUUCUGGUAGCUCUGUGUCGUAAUUCUGUAAUGAUUAACUUUUUCCUCCUCAAAGACAUAAGAGAGGAAAUCCCCCAAAGGAUACUUACAAAAGGAGCGUAGAAGAAGCGGCGAUCCUCCUGAGGUCAGUUUGACUCAAAUAUUACUGGAUGUGCAGGAUAGAAACCAGCUUGAGAAACUCUUUGCAGUUUGCGUUUAGUUUGAGUUGCUUUCCAUUUGACAGUGAGAGCUGACAAUGGAGUUCACAGCUUUGCAUUUGCUCUGGCUUCUGUCUGCGACGUCUCUUACAAAACAAGACUCUGUGAGGCUAAAGGUGAGCCCAAUCAUUGCUGCACAAUGUGACACACGGGUUUUUCUAUACUGCAACGCAUCAUCAUCUCAGCCUGGACUAUCAAUCAAAUACAUGGACUGGUCCCAAGACGUGCAAUUAUGCUCUGUGAAUGAAAAAGGAGACCUUUCCACAAACAAUGUUUCUACUGAUUUCCAUUGCAAGUACCAGGAAGGACAACUGACUCUUGUUUUACACCGUGCACUGCCUCUGAAGAGUGGGAACUCAAGCCGCUACGUGUGCAAGCUUCGCUCCAACCAAGGGACGCUCCAUGAAUAUACCACAGUGCAGCUUCAAGAGUGCUGCGGGAGGGUUGAGAGUUCUUUAUCGAGCCGUGGUCCAAACUGCACCUUCUCCAAUGUAUACCCAGACGGAGAUGUACACUGGUUCCAGGGCUCCCAGAACCUCUCAGACGGGUCUGUGAGUCAGAGCACAGCCAAAAGUGUGGAUAACGGCUGGCUCACCAUCUACAGCUGGUUGACCAUCAGUGGCCAGGAGACGCGUUCCGAUGUGCCCUACAACUGUUCCUUAAAGAGCCCCAUGUCCGACAAAUACAUUGCGAGUUCUUUGGUUCCGAAACUCAUACCCAUUAAAGGAAAAAGUCAGGAGCAAUCCACACCUAACAGAGCUGCAUCACAGAAAACCAGGACAACAGUUUUGUUUGUCCUGGUCUCAAGUCUUUUUGCUUGGAAAUAAGGUGUUCUACAAGGUAAGACCAGAUCCCCGAGCGUGAUAAGACACCAGGGUGGGUGAUAAUCAUCAAUCAGGUUGUACGAGGUACUCAGAUAGCUGCCUGCUGUUUUUAUUUUAUUUUUUAUGGACCAGGGUAACAACACUGACUGCUGAGUGAGUCAUGGCUGAAAGAUGUAUUAAUCACUUUCCAGGUCCUGGGUUACGUAAACCAGGAAAUCACAAAUUGCUUGUGAGCUGAAAACCAACCUAAACAAACAAAAAAAAAUAUAUUUGAUAGAGAUUAAUAAAUUAGAUGGAGACACACUAGAAUGGGCCGACGCAGAAGACGACAUCACUACGCUUUGUGGAGUCCUUUUUGCUACUGGUUCACAUCCUGAGCCACACUUUCUCUGGAGACGUAUUGUAAAUAGUAUGUUGUGUGUACUGGCAGCGCAGUUACCGGUAAACUCCUGUGAAUUACAACAGUUUUCUAAUAACUCUCGCAGGGAAACAUUGAACAGAUAAGCACCAGAACCAUACCACUCCAACAGAAGGACCAGUUGUAGGUGAAUGCUGCCCUCUGGUGACUUUAAUGAUCAUUACAAUUGCAAUUGAAAGACCUCUGCCGUAUUGGUCUUUAUUCCUGGAUGCCCAACAUUUCAUUUAUCCAAUCAUGUAGCACUGAUGUCACAUCUUCAAUUGUCAUCCUGAAUAUAAACAUUAGAUUUGUGUUUUAUUCAGCCCUACACAUAAAGAGCCACCUCAGAUGGGCUGAAGAGCCACAAAUUGGCUCCUACUGGAAGAUGGAUGAUAAACCAUAAUGUAGAAGUUUGUCUCAGACCAUCAAAUACAAGUUUCUACAGAGAACGUGAACUCUAAAGGAACAUUUAAACUUUAACUAUGGUCCAAGAUAACCUCUUAUUCCUGCUGCAGACUGACAUCAGUGUUUUGGAACUUGACAUAAUUCUGAUGGAUUUGUGGAGAUAUGACAUCUCUGUUGGUCCUGGGUCAAAAACGUGCAGGUGAGAAACAACUGGAAAUCUUAGAUUAUACUUCAGCAUGAAAAAAAGUUAUUCCGCUGCUUUGGCCUUUUUGUUCUCUGGGAUGAAAAGUGUAAAUUCAACAAGAGAACAUUUUAAAAGACAGAAAUACUCAAAUGUAGCGUUCAUAAAAACCUCUCACUGUUUCCAGGCUUUUGAGCAUCGUCCCAAAGGAAACUGAGACAGACGCAACAUUAAAUUCCACUUUUAUUUUGUACAUAAAACUGAAACACGGAUCAGUAGUCUGUUUAUUUUUAUCUAAGAACUAAAAGGACUGAUUUAAAAAUAUGAGUGUAACUCAGUCCUUUCUCAUGGAUAAACUACAUUAACUUCAUCCCAAAUCAGACCACAGGUCUGACUGACUAUGGACAUGAGUUAUUUCUGUAAGUGCUUGAAUUCUCAGCCUGUCCUCAAUACGUCAGGUGGAGACCACAUCCAGGGGACGAAUUUAGCUCAGAAGCCUUUGUCUUUUUACGUUUAACGCCUCAAUGUUCCCUGUUCGGGAUGGAAAUCUUAGAGACUUUUCCAUUCAGGAAAACCACAGAGAGCACUGAGCUUUAAGCAAGGGCACGUAGCUGCAGCAGCCAUAUAUUUAUGUAUAUGUCAGUAUGGCCACAACCCAUAGGGAACGUUCAGUCAAGAGGCAGGAUCUAUGGUUAUCCAUCGAGCCGUCUCCGUAUGCUAUUGGACUACAAACAAUGUAAUAUACUCAUUGCUUGGAUCUCAGUCAACCAUACACUGUCAUACAAAAUACAUCAUUUUUCUCUAUCUGUUCUUGGCUCAAAGAAAAGCCCAAGUCUAAAAAUGAUGCCAAAGCCAUUUCAGAGAAGUCUUCGUUGUUUCGCUCUGUCGCAUCAUCCUGCCCAUCAAACUGAUAGAGUGCUGUGAAUAGGGACCCUAAGUCACUUCCGCACCACGGUUCCCCAGAAGAACAAAAAAAUGAACGCAAGUCAACGGGGCUAAAAACGUAUUUUUCUAAUCCGCUUUACCUUACGCCCUGGAUCACACAUGUGUUGUACUGCAAUUUAAAUGAAAAGUAAUGAUGGGUGUUAUGACCAGUGUUGGGCAAGUUACUUCAAAACUGUAAUGCAUUAUUUAUUACUUGUUACCCUCAUUUUAAAGUAAUUCAGUACAUUACAAUAUUACUGAUUUUAAAAUGGAAGGCAUUACACUACUUUUGCAUUACUUUAAGUUACUUUCACCGAUACAACUUCAGUAUGAAUCUGGUCAUGUGACGCUCAGUGAGCUCAUGACAUAUAUGUGGAAGGUGAUGUGGUGUCUGAGCUAGGAUUGCUGUUAAAAACAGUCAGAUAUAAUAACAGUGCUUUAAAAUGAUUGUUUACUAAAUAAAAGCAACAACAAUCUGUACUCUCAGCACGCUGCCAUCUUAGAUUAACUGAGCAGGGAGUGAGGUGGUGGGGGCUCCAAGCCUAUUUGCCUUGGUCCCCAAAUGCCUUGAUACGGCCCUGGAUGUGGGACUGACUUCUGGGGUGAUCUGAUUCUAUCACAUGUAUAAAUAUUAAAUGUUUAUAUAUUAUUGCUUUUCACUGGUAAAAAUGUGUAUUGGGGAUAAAUCUACCUACUUUUUUUCUUUUCAAGCACUUUGUUUUGUUUUCUUGAUUUUAUUUGAAUAAUUUCCGGCCCUUUCUCUCUCUAACCUUCCUGCAUGCUGCAUGUUUUCUCCGUCUUCCAGAAAAAACUGUUUCCGUGUUGGUUUCCUAGAUUUCCUACUUUCUAACGAUCAGCCAAAGGGAUCUUCACAUGCGCGGCGCUCCAGCAGUAAUGAGUUGAAAUCACCGGGGCCCAGAUUAUGAACUCAGCUGAGGCAAAGCACGUCAGAAAAGCACAAAAUACCAGAGAAUAUGCGCCGAUAUGAACGAUCGCAAGUGAAUUAUUUUGUUUUAGUGGAGCGAUUUUGUGAAUGUUGCAGCGGCCGCGUGCAGGAUGCAGCUGAGCCGUUACCGCUGCGUCCUCUCUGCCCACAAAGCUGAGUCCAUAAAUGACGUAAUAUAUGCAGAUCUUGAUCUGGGUUUAAAAAUGUGUUGUAAUUACCGCGUUACUGACAAUUGUACCGAGUAAAUAUUACCAUUUUCUUUCCCUGUAAUGCCUUACAUUACCACAUUACAGCAAAAAGCAAUGCAUUACAGUAAUUAAUUACUUUUGUACCGCAUUACUCCCAACACUGGUUAUGACCACGCCAGUCACGUACUUUGAGAUUUCUUAGCUUGUAAAAGUUCGUAAUUAGCAUGACUACAAACUAGAAAUCGGCACGUCGCGUAUGUGACGUCACCACAUAAUCUCCUGUCCCCAAAGUAGCUGCUACUUACCACAUGACCAGACUUAUGGUGGUUCUUUCCUCCUGUGGGAAGUUUGCUGAACUUACAGCCCUUUUCUCUCAGCUUUCUCUGUGUCUGGUUCGAUGAUGUCACUUUCGUGAAGCGCAUUCUUAGUCCUGGACUUAUUUUCACACAAAACCUAAAAUAGCGUUUCCCCCUCUUCGAAAAUAAGCGCUUUCUUGAUAUCAAAAUGUGUCUCUAAAAUUCACAGGCAUCAUAUGUGAAAUCCAUGGCACAUAACAAGCAGAAUUUGAAAAUAGCGUUUUUAGCCCCGUUGACUUGCAUUCAUUUUUUCGUUCUUCCGGGGACCCGUGGUGCGGAAGUGACUAAAGCUUGGUUUAUGCUUGACGCAUUCACUUUCCGCGCGGUGAUGCGGCUCGCGGAUGGGACGCGCUUCACAACUCGCAGCGUUUAUGGUUCGUGCGGCUCGUCUCUGCGGUGAGCCAAUAUUCUCCCAAACUGUAGGGGGCAGCAUGGAGCUCUACGGCAUGCAUCCAACACUACACCAUAGUAGAAGUAAAUUACUGUUUACAACAUGGCAUUCCAGCAUUUUUAACAGCGUCCUCGUCUUUUCCGACAGUGCGAGCUAUUUCUCUCCAAGAAUUAUUAACAACAUGUUGAUCACGGUGAUCUCUGAGAGCUGAAUCAUACAAAUGUCUGUAUUUACGAACCUCUGCCAUACUAGUUCUUGCCGGUCCGCCAUGUUUUUCCGCGUCCGUCCGUCCGCGUGGUUAGAAAUUUUCCGAGGUGCGCGUUGCGGAAAUUCUGGGCCGUGCGGAGGUGCGGUGGAGGGGCGUGAUUGUUAAAAUGACGCAAAAUGACGCAACUUUUCCGCGCGGAGCCGUGCGGACCUCGCGGACGCGUCAAGCAUAAACCAACCUUUAGGCUCCCUAUGGCCCACCAAACCGACAGAGCACUGUGAAUGGCAUGCCACAUGAUUGGUUAGGACUGAAAAUGUUUCAGUGGAGUGCGGCUAGACCGACAUGCAGAGCAACGCCAUUUUGCUUCUGCUACGAUCUGUCUAGGCUAGCUUUUAACACUGUAGGAGUGCUUUUGUUCCUGACUUCCCCUCAGAAGAAGAAGAAACAAUCGUUUAUAUAGCGCCUCUCAAAGUAAAAAUCAUGAGGUGCUUCACCAGGACAUAAAUUUACAAAAUACAAAAGAUUAACAAAUUAUUUUUUAAAUUUCAGUAAAAACAUUGUAAUAAAAAAUGUGAAGAAAGGAAAAUAAGAAAAUUAAUAAAAAAGAGGUAAUCAGUGGAUCCCAGGAAAGUGUAAAUGUAAGAAAGUGAACACAACAUAUUUUGAAAUAUAAUAAUGUAAAAACAUGAGCCUGAUUUUGACAGUCAAAGCUACUGAUGUGAAUGUAACAUACACUGUUCUUCGUACACGGGAAAGCAGAUUUACAGAGCCGAGUGAAAACAUUUUACAGCACUAUGAUGCUGCUUUAGCAUUUUUACGCUGUUGUAAAUACUGUGAAGGGAUAAAAGCAACAGAAGUAAAGGUGGACAACAUGCAGGUCCAUGGGGCAUCCAGCUGUAGCUUGGAAAAUCAUAAAAUAAUUACAUCAGUUUCCUUUGCUUUUUGAUAGUUUAAAUUAUAUCUGACAAAUGUUUACAAUGAGUGUCUGUAAAUAUGUUUUGUAUAACAGUCUUGAUUUUUUAAUAAAAAAAAGCAUAAAAAAAAUCUCCAAUAUGACAUUAAUUGGUUAAAGUCCAAUGAAUCCAUGAUUUGACACACACACACUGGAGGUGAUAAUUUGAUGUGUUUUCCUUUAGAACAUGAGCAGGAAGUUUGUUUAAGGGAAGUGACAGCAGGAGCUCCAAAGGUAGAGUUGGUGUUCCAGUAAUCAAAAGGUUGCUGGUUUGAUUUCAUCUCAUUGCUGGGAAUUCUGCUGUUGUGUCCCUGGGCAAGACACUUCACCUGACUUGACUGCAGUGUCAGCUUGACCAUGGGGGGGGGGGCUCUAGGAUGCCACCCUAACUGACAUGAAUGUAGAAAAAAAAACAUCUAAAAGUUAAAGAAUAGCUAUUCCCUCCACAGGUGGUCUCAUCCUUCCAAGCUCGGGUCCUCUACCAGAGGCCUGGGAGCUUGAGCGUUCUGUGCAGUCUCCUAGCUGUUCCUAUAUCUGCACUUUUCUGGACUGAGAUGUCUGAUGUUUUUCCUGGGAUCUGCUUUAGCCACUUCUCUGGUCUGGGGGUUACUGCCCCCGAGUGCCCCGAUGACCACGGGGCACCAUCCUUAAAUAGAAGACGUUUGGGCCAACCAGAACCCUUCCUAGAGCAAGCCAUCCAGGCAAACUGAGCUACCAGGGGAGAAGAGCCUUGGUGAGAGAGGUAAAGACAAACCCAAAGAUCACUGUGGCUGAGCUCCAGAGAUAUCAGGAGAUGGGAGGAAGUUGUAAUUAGUCAACCGUCACUGCAGCUGUCCACCAGUCAAGGCUUUAUGGAAGAGAGGCCCAUCAGAAGCCUCUCCUCAGUGCAAGACACAUGGAAGCCCACAUGGAGUUUGCAAAAAGACGCGCUGACAGACAAUUGAAACAAACAAGCAGCAACAUAACAAUAAUACAGUGAGGUACUUUAAUAAAAAAGUAACUCUUGUGAUCCAAUAACAGCAGUUGGGUAGAUAAGUUGACUUUGAAUGGUCGGCUGUUAACCCUGACUCUAGAGUACUUUGGUCUACAGAGACAUUCCUGGGGGACUGAAACCUGCCAAUCGGAGGCUUCCCCCGAUGGUAGGUGUGAAUUUGAGCUGGCCAAACAGUCGAAAGUUGGGUCACCUCAGUUCGAAGCAGAUCACUGGUGGAUGAGGUCUGUAAAAAUGGCCGGUUAAGCAGGGAAAAAAACAGGCUACCCAGGUGUCCAUCCAUCCACCCAUUAUUUUCCCCUUAUCUGGAGUCAGGCCGUGGGGACAGCGGCCUAAGCGAGGAGGCCAUGACUUCCCUCUCCCCAGCCACUUGGGCCAGCUCCUCUGAGGGAAUCCCAAGGCGUUGCCAUAUUGCCGCCGCUGUCCAUGGGCAAUUAAGUACGCAGAAUGCGUAGGGCCCAGGCCCCCACAAUGCGGCUUUAAAAUUGAGGCGAACCCGGAAGUAAAAAAAAUGCAGUUCCACCCUCAUCCACUAGGGGCUGGUGUCAGAAACGAGCAAAUCCUCAUUGACUCCCAUGUUAAAAAUACCAAUUUCACAGCAGAAAUAAACAUGUUUACAGCCUGGUACCAAAACAUGUUUUUGGUUUAAAUGAUCUAGUUUACACUCUUGACAACUCUGAGGGGGGUGAAUUUUGUUCUCACUCUUCUGUUUAAGUGUAUUAAAAGCCUAAAAUUCUGUAUAAUUAAUGAGCAUCAGACCCACGUGACCACAGAGCUAGCUCCGUGGAAAGGCCCGGUUUUAGGUCACUGCCGCCUUUUUCCUUUUACUAGCUGAGUUUAUCAAAGUAGCUAGCUAACUAUCAUUUUAACCUGUAGCAUGUACUGUUUAAACAUGAAAUUUAGAUGUAAAAUACGGUAAAGUAAUUAAUAGGGCAUAUGUCGAUGGGUAAAACCCAGUGCAUUUAACAUAAAAAUGGGUUGAAAUCGUUGAAAUAUGACGGAGCGCUUGGAGGGACACCUGUGUCCCAUUCUUCCAUCCGUUUCUCCCCAGCGGUCAGGCUGGUGCGUGUCUGACCGAUGCGGCGCCUAGCUGCUGCGCGGGCUGACCGCUCGUGGAGCUCUCGGACUCGGACCUGUUCUCCCGACAAAAUAUCUGAAUAAUGGAAGUUGCAGUAGUUCUCCCAACACGGCUGCACCCUUCGACCUGCCUCGGCCCUUGUGAGGCCAUGGUUUAUCACGUGGUUCACAAGUGUUGCCCUGGUUUCGUCAGGAAUCUGUCGAUGUGGUUGGGCUCUUCUUCCCCGGUUUUGUCCCCUUCCUCCACACAUCCUCACCCCUCUUCUACAAGGCUGACCUUCCAUGUUCUGCAGUUUUGUAGAUACAGUAUGCACCUCGUGCCAACCCUGUGUGCUGGUUUACGGUAUUUAUAUAUACUUGUAAAGUCGGGGUUAACGCGAUUCACCUGUUAGGGACUGUGUAGAAGAGGCUUUUCUUUGGUUGCAAGUAAUAGUUCACACUCCUCUUUUCAUUAGUGUAAGAUAAGGUUCACCUGAGAAAAGUCAUUUAUGGAGAUUUUCAUGGAAACUCUUUAAAAAUAGGGUUAUGAAAAAUGUUUGACAAGAUGUUCAACA